CUUUGCCAGCUAUCAUCGAGUAGCCUACAUCGAGAGUGGCAGUGUGCGUGCGUGCAUGACUUUGCGUGUGCUUGUCAUUGAAAUAGGCCUAUCGGUUCUUUCUUAUUUAUUUAUUUAUUUAUUUAGCAAGAACUCGGUAAAAUCAGUAGGCUAAAUAAAACACUAAUAUAAACAGCAAACUGAUUACAAAUUCACGCUUGAAUGACAGACAGGCUAUAGGCUACGUUCUAUUUAUUUUAGGCCUAUUUUAUUACAUUUAAAAUUAGCUGUAAUCAGGGAGGUCCUGACCUGGGGUGUCACCAUUGGGUUAGUGAAGAGGGAACAGCAAAUACUUUAUUUCCUCAAAAUACUCUGGAAAAGCAACAACUGUCAGAAGCUGCAUGUUGUCCUUCCGCUGCUCAGUGGAGAGCAGACUGACAUACAGUACUGUGUGUGUGGUUCCCAGGCUGCACUGUGGCACAGAGGAAAGAGCUUCAGGGGGUUGCAAAGGCAGCAGAGAACAUGGUUGGCUGCCCUCUUCCCUCUCUAGAGAGCCUUUACAGCACAUGCUGCCUAAUAAAGGCCAAGUCCAUUCUAAGACACUCAUCACAUCCAGGACAUUUGGCAGUAGAUACAGAUCCAUGAUAACCAGGACAAAUACACUGAAAAACACCUUUUACCCAAUGGCCAUACUGUACUAAUUGAUGUGACCAAAGAAUAGUUUUAUACCGGAAAAUGCUUUCAUUAUUUAUUGCUUCAACAAGGAAUGCUUAAUUCUGUUGUACUUGAUACAGUGACAAAAUAAAAAGAUAUCCUAUUCUAUACUAAUAAUAGCCUGAGGGACUCUACUGACUUACACAACAGCAUUGUGAGAAUUCUAUUAGAAUCAUUAUGAAUGGCAUCAUGAGUUUGAGGAUGUUUAUAUGAUGUAACAAUGAAGAGAUUCUUAUUUGACUAGAUAGAACCCCACUGGCUUAUUCCUUUUCAAGUAACCAAAAGAACAGCAGCACAGAGAGCUUUCAGCUAUACAUAACAAAAGCUAAGGGGGGAAACCCCAUAAAACAAUUGAUAAAAUGAUGGAGAAUAUUGGCCAGGAGGAGAUGGAGCCAUCAUGUUGUUUGAUGGCCAGCUGGAGGUCUUUACUGACUGGAUUAAGAAAUGUCAAGAAAAGGUUUGUCAAUCGGCCUACUGAAAACUUCCGCCUUGCUAGGGUCCUCAACCGCCUGAGAAGGAGGCUGAAUGAGAGGCAGCCACAGGCUACAGUGGAAUGCAGCGCCUCAGAGUCUCAGAAAGCCACCGACACCACCGAGGUCACCCAGGCCCAGGUGACGGGAGCGAAGCCACUUAUGAGUUCUAAGUGGGUCAUCAUUCACCGAAGGAAGAGGCUGGAGCGACAGGCUGAGGCUACCGAGAGAGCAGCAUCACUGUCGAGCCUCAAUGAGACCCAGACAGAGGAGGCCACUGAGACCAUUGAGACCCCCAACGGGGUGACCAAGACCAUUGAGGUCCCCGAGGCUAUUGAGGACAUCAAGGAGAUGGCAUCUGACGUCCCAAAGAUGGCUGAGGAGGCGGCCACUCAGGAGACUAUGAGAUGCUGGGGGGACAUCCAGUCUGCCCCUCUGGAGGAUGCUGACACUAUCGAGACUGUAGAGGGAGAUCAGGGCCUGAUCCCAGAUGAUGAUCUGGACAGCGUGAGCUCCUUUGGUUCAAACUGCAGUGAACUGGACAGAAUUCUCAAUAUGGAGGAGUGUAACAUGGACAGUCUGAGCAGUAGUUUGAGGGAUCUUGUCAUGGAGAGACAAUACAACAUGUACGAGGACCCGGAGACCGUGAGCAUUGCUUCCAGCUGCUCAAACCUCAGUGGACUGGACAGUCGCCACAAUUCAGAAGAUCACCUGGACACUCUGGGCAAUGGUACCAGCAUUUCAAACCUGGGCCAGGAAGAUCUUUUCAAAAUUGAGGAGGAGGAACAGGACUUGAACAUGAUGAACCAGGAGGAAUACUCUUAAGCCUGUUCAGUCUGCCCAGUACACACUCAGGGUGGUUGAACCGUAAUUGGACUUUUGGACUUGGCAUUUUUAGACAUGGACUUUGGAUUUGGACACUGAAUUAUAUGGAGCUACUAAGGGUUUGCAGAUAUAGGAAACAAAUUGCACACAAGGCCCCAGGGCAAAACAAAACACUGAUAGGGCCCACUAUACAGCCUGCAAAGGUCACAAUAGGGGUCCCAUCAAGGACCCUGGUCCCAGGAGGAAAAGGCCCUGCUCACCCCCACAGCGAAUACCCCCGCCCCGCGCGCGAAUAUCCCCCCACCCGUCAAUGCCCUUCCCCCUGAUUAGAUGAGCAUAAAAAAACACCACCCUGUGAAAAAUAGCAAUAACAUGCUAGUUAAAUCUGCUUACAUGUUGUCGACGUAAUAACCGCAUCCCCACCUGAACAACAUUAUGCCCCAUGAUUAGACUGGCAGCAGAUACUUAUGAGCAGAAGAUCGGAGAAAACACUGCAUUUGCUUCUAUUAUUCAAAUAUGUUGUCAACAGUUGACUAAUAAACUUAUUUUCCACCACAACUCUAAACUCUGGCUUUUCCCUGUUGGGUUACAUGAAUAGGGUUGCGGCAAGCACUGAUUUUCAGCAUAAGGUCCUGCUUCAGUGUGUGUGUGUGUGUGUGUGUGUGUGUGUGUGAGUGAGUGAGUGAGUGAGUGAGAGAGAGAGAGCACACAGCAGCAAGGGGCUUAUCUCACACACUGACCCUUGUCAGUGUGGUCAGUUUUUAUCAUGUUCAUAUUUUAUUUUACCCAUACACAUGGAGCAAGUCAAAGACAAAACACCACAUAGCCACAAUGACAAAAGAAACCCCUUUUUAUAAUUACAUGAUCAAUACACAGAUGGCAUAUAGGCCUAUCUUCCAUAUUAAAACCCUGGAAUGUCUUCUAGAUUUAUAAAAACUCACGAAAAUGAACAGUCUAUCUAUGCCAAGUUCAGAUUGGUUAACUUUACUAAAAUACACUGUAU